AGACCCACAAAAUUAGGAUCCAGUUCUUACAAUUAAACUAUACAUUCGUAAGCCUUUCAGAUAAUUUGCAGAAGAUUCAAGUUAUCUCUGACCUCAAAGUUUAUCAUACAGAUAUAUUGAGAGAAGCCCUUCAGGAAUGUCUAACGCAACAAUGGAAAACACUGAGAGUGGAAACAUUGAAAUUACAAGCCCCGAUCGACAGAAACAGCAAAACCUGAGUAGCUGGCUCCCUGUAACUGCAUCUAGGGAAGCCAAGUGGUGGUACUCAACUUUCCAUAAUGUAACAGCUAUGGUGGGUGCUGGAGUACUAGGUUUACCCUUUGCAAUGUCUCAACUUGGCUGGGUUCCUGGAAUCCUGGCGAUAGUUGUAUCCUGGUUGGUCACUUUCUAUUCACUUUGGCAACUUAUUGAACUGCAUGAAGUGGAGCCUGGGAAGCGAUUUGAUCGAUACCCAGAACUUGGAGAGCAUGUUUUUGGGAAAAAACUUGGGUAUUGGAUUAUCAUGCCUCAACAGACGCUUGUUCAAGUUGCUACUAGCAUAGUUUACACAGUGACAGGAGGGAAGUCAUUGAAGAAGUUUAUGGACAUUGCCGUUCCAGGCAUCGGUCAUAUCAAACAAACAUACUUCAUUAUCUUCUUUAUUGCUGUGCAGCUAGUCCUUUCUCAGACUCCCAAUUUUAAUUCACUCAAAGGAGUUUCCUCACUUGCUGCAGUAAUGUCCUUCUGCUAUUCGAUGAUUGCUUUCAUAGCAUCAAGCAUUAGAGGUAGCCAUCACCACCCAACAAGAUAUGGAGUUCGAUCUCACACAGUAGCUGGAAUUAUCUUUGAUGCUAUGAAUGGCGUUGGAACUAUAGCAUUUGCUUAUGCAGGGCACAGUGUAGUUUUAGAGAUUCAGGCUACAAUCCCAUCAACUCCUGAGAAACCUUCCAAAAAGCCAAUGUGGAAGGGUGCCUCUCUUGCUUGUGUCAUUGUUGCUUUUUGCUAUUUUCCAGUUGCCAUUUCUGGGUUCUGGGCUUUCGGGGAUCUUGUAGAUGAUGAUGUCCUCAUUUCGCUAGAAAAGCCUAGCUGGCUCAUUGCCCUUGCCAACCUCAUGGUGUUUCUCCAUGUCCUUGGAAGCUACCAGGUCUUUGCCAUGCCAGUUUUUGACCAGAUAGAAUCAUAUUUGGUUGGAAAUAGGGAUUUCACUCCUGGACGACCUCUUCGCCUCGUAGCUCGCAGUGUGUUCGUAGUCUUAGUUGGAUUUGUAGCGAUUUGUAUCCCAUUUUUCGGAGGACUGCUUGGAUUUUUUGGAGGACUUGUUUUUGCAUCCAUAUCAUAUUUUAUUCCUGGCAUCAUGUGGCUUAUCGUCCAUAAACCCAAAAGAUGGAGCUUUCACUGGAUUGCAUCAUGGGUUUCUAUUAUUAUUGGUGUUUCGAUAGCGUUGUUGGCACCCAUUGGAGGAGCACGACAAAUCAUCAUUUCAGCCAAAACAUACAAGUUCUUCUCUUAGUAGUUUCGAAUUUUUUUUUUGGGGGGUUUUUACAAAACAAUUCCAAGUAAAAUUAUACAAGUAGAUUUACAUUCAUCAAGGUAGAAUAGCUGUAGAAAGUUUCACUAACUGUAAUUAGAAAAAAAGGUUGGUUCAACCCAAAAAUCUGAUCUCAGUUUAGUAUAUUGAUUUGUUAGAUAAAAUUUAAAUAGUAAAUAUAACUAUUUAUUUUGGAGUGAA